AUGGGCAGCAGCAAAGGGGGGCUUCUCAUCCCUUCCUCUCCAAAGCAAGGAGUAAACAAAGGAAGAAGAGAGCGAUCCAGCUACCUCCCAACUCUUCUCAUUAAAUCCAUGGCUACCCAAAAGCCUCUUCCAUCUGCCACUAGAACUGUUAGCUCUGGCAAGAAGGAUCUCACCAUCUCAAGUGCAGUAGACGUGGCUUAUUGCUGGCUUAAUUUGAAGCUUGAGGAAGCCGUUAGAGGUGAAGAACGGACUUGGAGUGCCCCAGUUUUCCCAUUGGGGGAGCGAGGCCCGAGGAACAGCAACUCCGCGUCGCCAUCGGUGAAGCUGCUGACGAGGGUGGAGCAGCUGAGACUUCUGACUAAAGCAGAGAAAGCUGGGUUGCUAUCUUUAGCAGAAAAGCUGGGAUUCUCCUUGUCACAAUUGAGAAGCGGGGUCUCUCUCCAAGGCCGAGGAGCUGGGCGUGCUCUCGGCCGCCACCGACCCUGGGACUCCGGCUACCCUCUUCAGCCUGAGCUUGGCCUGCUGGUGUUGGGCCCCACUUGUGUGUAUCUGGUUCCUGAGGAGUACCCUUGGGAAGUGGCUUUGCAAGUUGUGGUUGCACUUGUUUGUGUGGCGGAGGAUCUGCUGCUUUGCUGCUUCAAAUUUUGUAUCCAACUUGCAGAAAUUAAAAUGAAAUGA